CUAAUCUCUCUAUGUUCUGUGGAUUAAACCCUUUUUUAUCAAUUUUCCAAACAUUGCUAUUUUGUUUUAUUAAAAAAAAAAAUGAAGCGGAACAAUUACAACUUUUGUAUAAUAAAAACAGGUGCUAGUGAUACCACUUCGUGUACCGCUCGAGCAAUCUCCGGUGCUAUUCGUAUGGCAAGACUGGGCUUUAGGAGUUCUAUACACGAAAAUAGUUUGUGCUCUUACUAUGAUGGGCCCCGACUGGAGCAUGCGACGCGCUAUAGAGAAAGCAUACGGCGACGGCAUCCGAGAAAUGGACCUUAAGUUCAUAUUGACUGAGGUGGCUGCGCCAAUAGUAUGUUGGUUAGGAUUGGCGCUCGCUGUUCCGUACGCGUUCGCUCACAGUAUCGCGCCGCUCGUGGUCACCUCCGCCGCGCAACGGAACUUGUUGGCGCGCAGAUUGUACCCCGCGCUCUUGUUGUGCGCGGUACUAUGCGCGCUCACUGUGUUCCAGAUUCGACAAUUCCGCAAGCUAUAUGAGCACAUCAAAAACGAUAAGUACCUAGUCGGCCAAAGACUGGUCAAUUAUGAUCAUCAGCGGCAUAAGCAGCAAAGAGAAGUCCCCGCUAACUGAACAUACAAUGCGAUAGCAAUAGGACAGCACUGAGUGUGUGAGAGGCAUGGUGUACAAACGGCAGUGGUUAUAAGAUAUACACACAUAUACAUUGAUUUUACUCAAUUCUAGAAAACUACUUUAUUGAAAGUUAUAUUCUUUUUGUGAUAAACAUAGUAUUUGAAACAGAUAAUGACACAUUUGAAAGAGCAAGAGCUAAUUAAAAUCGAUUUUUUUAAGUUUAUAUUUAUAAUAUGUGAUUUACUUAGUUAGAACUAUUUUUGUUACUUUAAAAAUGUUGUCAUAGUAUGGAUGUGCCUACGAUCCUGAGAUUUCAAAUACUCAUAGUAGUUGAAAGAAUUUUUUUUCGUACAUUUUAUUUCAGCAUUAACCAAAUUGUAGCCACUAUGAUUUUAAUUAUUAAAGUUCUAGGAACUUCAAAAUUUAUGAUAUAUAGGUCAUAUCCAUAUUAAUAAAAACGUUUGAUCAUAUACAGAAUAUUUCUACCUAUUUUGAUCAUUAUUACUAUAAGGUUACAUUCCACAACCUAAUGCAAACUUAAAUGUCAAUGUAAUAAGGUGUAGAAUCAAUUGGCGUUAAGACAGUGUACGAAACAUUUCUCGUUUACAUACUUUUGCAAUUUUGGAUAUGAUGUGCUAAUGCUCUCACACGCUCGGAAUGUACGAAUUGGUGUUUUUAAUUAAUAAAUACUACGUUUUAAAUGUUAGUGAAAGGUUUAAGUUUAAUCUUAACGGGAAACGUCGAAACACGUCGCCGUGUUAAAGAACGAAGACCAAAAUUGGAACUGUCGAUAGUUUUUUUUUUUAUUUUUUAUUAUUGGAAAUGUAAAGAAAAAUAUUUGAAAAAAGACACCAAAGUGAGAGGCGAGAUUAUACGAUAUAUUUGGGGGAUGUGUAAUUUUUGAAAUUACGUUGUUGCGUUUGUUUUAAACAAAUAGCUUAGUAUGCAUUUUAAGUACAAUGGAACAGUGAAGAGCCAUCUAUAAAUUAUUAUACCCAUAACAUUGUACGUCAUACAUUCAAGGGUGCCAGAUUGUAUAGUUGGAUACUUAAUUAAUUUGAUUAUCUUUUGGACCCUGUUUUUGGAAAAAAAAAAUUAUUAAGACACAUUUCUUUUUUUGCAUAUUUUGUAGUGUUUCGUUUUUUCGUAAAGUAUUUAUAUUUCUUGUACUAUAUGACCAAGUUUUGUUAGGUUUUUUUUUUUUUUUGUAAAUGAAACUAGACAUAUUUAUCGAUACCCAAUCUCCUGCAUACUAAAUCCAUAAAAAACGUUACGAGCCAUAGAUAUAUUCCGAGAUAUAGAUAUAUACAAGAAUUGAUUGCUUAAAGGUAUUAGAUAGAUUUAAAGGUACAUAUAUACUGAUAAAAAUCUAAUUUAUGUCGAGAUUCGAAAAAAAGUUGAAAAUAAUGUAUAGAAUUAAAUAAUACUUUUUAAAUAACAAAACGUAAAAACAAGUCUUAAUUGUUUUAUUAAUUUCAGUGAUCGUCGUCGUAUAAAAAAUAUCUAUACCGGCACCUCUGAAUAAAUAAAUUAUAAGAUGUUAGAUUACUUAGAACCUAAAUUAUUAAAAAAUAACAAAUUUUCAUGUGUACUGUUUAUUUAUAAUUAAAAACGUAAAUAUUUAUGAUUCCGUUUGUAGCAGAACUUUUUAUGUCCUAAUUUUAUUAUGCAGAACAGCGAAUAAUAUAAACUUAGUUUCGCAGAAAGUCGUUUGGCGUGCAUUCAUAUAGCAUACAUUCGAAACUCAUAAUUUUGGAAGUCAGAAUCAUCUUUUGAUAUUGUAUACGCAUAAUGAUUAAAAAGAUACGUGACGUCAUAAUUUCGCAGAAAAAUACAUUAUACAUCUUGAAAGAUUCUAUGUAAGUAGUUGUAUAUAGCCCUCGUCGAGCGGUAAUAAAUGGCGACAGUUAUGUAGGAAGGCAACGCCAGGUCCUCUUUCCUCCAUUACAUCCUAAAUCAUUAAAAAAAAAUUGCGAAUAUACGAAAUUUCGUUUUCUUAUAAAGAGAAUAGGCCUUUAGGUGUCAUGUUAAUUCAUACGAGUAGUAGUAGUUCUUGUACCUAAAAUAUGUUUUAAUUACUAAACAUCUUAUAUUAACAAAUAUCUGCCAAUACAAAAAAAAAAUGUAAAUUGCCAAUGAUGCCGAUGGCGUCAUCAAUAAUCAUUUUUGUAUAUUGAAAAUAAAAUGUUGAGACCCCAUGGGUCUAUCUUGGCUAUACCAAACGAGAUUAUGCGAAGUUUUAAUUUCGCCAAAUUAUGCCGAAUUUUACCAUCUUAAUAGUAUGACGUUGUAAUUCGGACAUACAAACAUUCGGCUAUUCGAUAAUAGGCUUAUGAGUAUUCAUCAAAAGGUGUUAUGCCAAACGGGUUUUGGAGUUUCUGCCAGACAGAAGAAGACUUUAACUUACAUAGAUCGAAGUUGAAGUCGAAGCAUUUUCGUUGACGCUCAACAUAUGCUAUGCGGAGUCUUAGAGUCACACUUUGAGAAAUGCUACUGAAGUCAUUGAUUUUAUUUGUGAAUAUUAAUUAAAUAAAUAAUUAUAAAUUACUUAUAUUUAGAAUAAAGAAAGACAAAAGCAAUAGUGAUUGUAAAUUAAGAUCUCGGUGUUUAAUGCUGUGUUUUUUUAUUGAUUACAAUACAAGUCAAACUUGUUCGUCUUAUAAUAAUUAGAUAUAUAAUAAUUCGUUUGGAAUAACAAUGUACUUUUAACAGAAAAAUUCACUAAACUUUCAUUCAGUCCAAUCUGAUAACAAGUACUUGUGAAAAUCUUGCAAAUCUACAGGUGAUCAUGACAUCAUAUCAUCAAUACAGGUGAUAAACUAAAAAUUUCUAAAAAUUGGCCCUAAUCUCAAUAACGUCUGUCUUAAGUCAAUUUUGUUUUAUACAUGAACGUCACUUAAAUUUUUUUACAACAUCUAUUUCUAUAAGAAAUAAUUAAAAUGUAAAGAAAUACCGAUUCUAAAGAUUUUAAAUUUGAGAAAUAUCAAUUGUGACCUGUUUAAUAUUUAUGUGACGUCACAUUUCAAUAAACUAAACGUCACCAUCUAUGCUAUGAGUGCAACUUGUACUCAUCGUUAUUGAUAUGUGUUUUCGCAGACCAAUUUAAAUUAAUAAAAAAGGUUUUCCUUUAUUUAACAUAACACUUUUUGAAGAAAAUCAGUCAGAAGUUUUAAAAUUCUUUUUCCAAAACAGUUAUAAAUGACAAUUGCCACGUGAUUUUCAAGCACGGUGUCAGGAGAUUAAAAGUCUCGGUCAAAAAAUUUCACCAGUGUCCGCGGGCUAGUUAAUUUAAUCUAGUGUUUAUUAAAUAUAAAAUUUCAAAAUUACCUCUAAAAUAUUCUCUUUUUUUUUUGCUGAAAAUACUGGCUUCAUAUCGAGCUAUUUUACAAUAAUCUUAAUGGUUUUGACAAGUUAACUAGUUAAGAAUAUAAUAUUUCUUGUAAUACGACAUCAUCUGUCUCAGUUUGUUUCUUUUGUUGAUCUAGCGAUUUUGUCUCGUUUUCUAUUAUUCAUCUUUAAGCGUAUUUUUAAUAAAUUCAUUAGUUAAAUGCUGUAAAUUGUAACUACUCUUUUUAAAUAAAUAUACAAUCGCUAGUAAAUCUUAAUAUUAAAUGUUCAAAUCACGCUUUUUGAUGGCUCUUCGUGUCUAGUGUUAGGCUCUUAAGGAUAUUUUCCCAUUGGCCAAAAUAAAUGCAACUAAAUAGUUUAUGGAAUUAAACGAAAUUCUACGAGUGGUGUAAAUAUGCUUUAUAUUUAAAAACGUUUCUUAAAAUCUAUUUUAAAUUGUAAUUUUAUAUUUUUCUUCACAAAAUAUGUGUAUAUUUUUUUAACUUAUGCCUAAAUUUCUAGUUGGUGAUUGAAACAAAACUUCGUGGAAUGUAAAAUUGUUUACGGAGUUUUUCUAUAAGUAAAUUUAUAACAGAUAGAAUUUUGAAUUUGUAAUUUCAAUCAAGCGUCUUGUUUAUUAAAAAAAAAGUAUAUAAGCAGCCUGAACUUGUAAUAGUAAAAUAACUAACAAAUCGGCCCAGUGCCUUAUGGUUACUGAUUCCUUUAUAAUUAACACAUUACUAGCCGUUCGCUUCGAAUUGGCCACUCUCAACCUUUUCGUUACAUCGCAUAGUACAUCCAGGCAAACUAGAUAUGACAAGAUCAACCCUAAGGCAGUCUCUAUUUUUAGUACCGCUAGCAACGCCAAAGUCUUCGUACCAGUCGUUAUUAUAAUUUCAGUUAUGUUAUGAUUUUUGUUAUUGUGGUUUUAUAUAGUUAGAUAAAUCUUUACGCAAAAAUAUCAACACUUGACUUGUCUUUAACUGAUGAAAAGUUAAAUCGAGUUGAGAUAAUAGGUACUGUUAUUAUUUCUUUGUUGACGGUACCAGUUGAAUUGCCUGUGACGUCAUUUAGUAACGGUCGUCGACGGCCAACUCCAAGCAAACGGCCAGUAACGUCGAGCGUCACAUGUCUAUGAUUUGUGAAAAUUGGUCAUACCUAUUAAUUGUCGAGAAUUAUAGUAGAAGAGCCAGUGACAAAAAUGUGUAAGAGUUUUCAUGAAUUUGAUAUUUCAGUAUGUGAAAGUACUAAGGGUAUACACCACCACACCACCUGAAAAAUACAGAUAAUUGUAAUACAUAUUAAAGGUGCCUUUAUUGUUUAAAAUUAGCGAAGAACUUAUUCUUAAUAUAAAAAAGUAGAAUAAAGAGAUCAGCAAUCGUGAAACGCGACUUAGCAGAUGUCAGAAGUUAGUAUGACAAAGAGUUUCAUAAAGAUUGAAAAUUAAUUUAUUAGUAUGUAGUUAGUUAUUGAAAAAAUACUUAGACUUUCAUUUAUUGGAACAAACUAAUUCCACCACCAAGUAAUCCAGCACCUAACCUUCGCACUGAGUACUAAGUGAAGUAUAUAUAGCCUGAACACUCACAUAUACUGUUGUAUCAAUCUUUACAAAACUUUUGCAUAUUUUCGUCAUGAACUCACUAAUUAGUUUGUCACAAUUCAAGCCGUACCAGCAUCGUUCUAUUUUAAAUUAUUUUUAUAUUUUCAUUUAUAUAAUUUAAAAGACAAAAUAUAUAAUACUACUAACCUAAUGUAUUUUGUCCAUUAAACAAAAAAGUGAUUUACUAGAAAUAAAUAAAUGUAAAUAAAGGAAUCAAGUACACACAUUUUUAUGCGUUGAUUGUAUAGUUUAAAGAGCUUGCUAGUUUUUAAACUUUAUUUGUAAUUUAUCUGUUAAUUUUAAAUAGUGUAAGGUAUAGGAAAUAUGAGGAAGAUUUAAAGUUGGUAUAUUUUUAACGGUAUUUUCCUUCCUUAAUUUUUCUGGCUUCCGGAACUAUUUAUUAUUUAAUUAAUACCUUCGCACUAUAUAUGUCUUGUUGCAAUGUAUAUUACAUUUGUAGCAAAUAUUAUGGUAACAAUCAAAUCUACUCCAAAGUGGAUUACUUAGAUUGUUAAGUAGUUUAAUUGUAUAAUUUAUUGUGCUCAACAUUUAUUUUACUGAUUUUGUUAUCUAAUGUAAAGGGUACAUUCUUUUUGUCUUUUUUUUAGACUUCAGUGUUGCUAGUAUGUUUCUUGAAUAAAACACGAAAUAUGUGCCGGGCAUUAUUUUAUCAAGAAAAAUUAUUUUAAUUGGCUAUUCAAACAAGUCAAUUAUUUACAUUGUUCUUUUAAAUGUUUAUUACAAAGUCAUAAGAUCUAUUUUUAUUAUAUGUUAUUAUAUUUGCAUUUAAUUUCGAAAAUGCGAAUGUGCCCUUUAUGCAUAUGAUUUCUCUCUGGCUCUGGUUGUGUUGUAAUUAUUUAUUUUUAUAAUUUUUUCAACCAGAGUAACUCAUGAUAUAAAACCAACUUGUAAGUUAAAGGGUUAGAUGACAUUAGAUACAGGUAAUAAGCAAUUUGUAACAAAUAAAUUAAUUAUUGAGAUAUUAAU